CUGUGUUCGUGACUAGUGAAGGAAGCUAUUGGAGGUCAGGAUGUAGGGGAGCUUGGGAGGUGGGGAGAGGGAGAUCGAGGAAGGCUUUCUGGAGGAGGAAGCGUUGAAGCCAAGCCAUUGGGGUUGACCAGGAAUGUUCACCACAAUCCUGUCCCCAGAGGAAAAGCUGAGAAGGAGCAAAGAUAAGCAGAGAUAGGCACUUGAGUGAUCCAAGCAGAGGCAAGAGUGUGGGCAAGGGUCAGAAGGCAAGCUGGGUGAGCCCAGAAAGUGCAGCCCCGGGCUGCAGCAAGUUGAACUGGAGCUGCUCUGGGAAUCUCGCCCUGGCUCCUUAUCUAGAGCCCUUGCACCACAGAGGGACAGAGGCCUUAGGGAGAACUGGCACCAAAGCCAGUGGGUAGGACCCACAGGGCACACAUUUCAGCAGCCCACAAUUCUCAGUCACCUGGCAAGGUAGUGAGAUCCCCAUCACUGGUGGUAGUAAGAUCCCUGUGAGGAUUAUUAACUUUGUAUUUUUCCUUUAGUGUAUGGGGCUAAAAAAAAAAUGUAUUUUAAAAUAUUAUAAAAGAAAUAAUACCUGCUGACUGGAACUGAUUAAACAGUUCUCUAACGGGUGCAGUCAAAAGAACGUUAGGUUUAGCUUCAAGCCUCAGACGGUGGUAGAAUCAAUAGCCAGUUACCAAAAGUCCGUUCCUGCCCCGAGGCACUAGCUUAAGGAACUCCAGGGUUCUCAGACCCUGAUGUGAAUACUUUGAUUCUAAAGCAAGGGUUCCCAAGUUCCAAGACCAUAAAACUCCAAGCUCCCUGCUCAGAGCUUCAGAUGUGUUUGCAGAAAAGAAUCAAACCACUGAAGCCCAGCGAGGUGGACUCACAUCCCUAAUGUCACACAGCCUGUCACAAGGAUUUGUACCUUAGGCCUGACUGAUGCAGAGUCAGCGAUGACUCUCUUUAAUCGCAGCACAAAAAGCCCCGGCAAUAAGCUUGAAAAUAGUAGCAUGCAUUUACUGAGCACUUACUUCAUGCCUGGCAACUUAACGUGCAUCAACUCAGCCGAGGCUCAGAAGGGUUGUAUGAGGUCAGCACAGGUAUCUUUUGCAGAUGAGUGAACCUGGGCUCCAAGAGGAGGGGAUGGUGGGGUGGAGGUGGGGACACUGCUAGUCGAACCCAGGUUGGUGCCCUGAGCAUUGAGCCUUACUGGCUCUCUGCACCCCCAGAGUCUGUCAGAUCAGCAUCCGGUGAUAAUUCUCAGCAGAGUCCCUGAUUCCGAGUCAGAGGGGAGAAAUCCUGGGCUCUGGGAGGUUUCCCGAGGCCACAAAGGAUUUGGUCAAACGCGUACAGGGGUUUGUUUCCGGCUUUGGAUACGAUUUAAUUCAAAGUCUUUGCCCGCCCCGGGUCAGCGAAGGGUACAGGGUGCGGCGAGUAGGGGAGGCAGGACCCCCCCCCCCCCCCGAGCCCAGGCAUCCCCACCCCAUCCCGCUGCCCCUCCGUGACCGCCCCCCUAGGCUGGUCCUCUGCUCCGCAUCCCCCGACUCCAGGCAGCCCUGCGGGGCUGGAGCGCGCGGGGCGAGGGGCGGGGAGCGGGGGGCGGGCGGAGGGAGGAACAAUGGCCCCCUCCCCUCCCCUGGCCGGCUGGAGGGUGGGGUCUCCCCGCCCCGCCUCCCCGCUCCUCCCCCGCCAAGGCGAUGAGGUAAUCGCGCCGCCGAGAGGCACGCGCAGCCGGUGCCCAGCCCGGUCGGUCCCCGCGCCCCUGCCCCGCCGGCCGCCGCCCCCCGCACCGGCCCGGCCCCGGACCCCCGGCCCCACCAUGACCGAGCGGUGCAGCCUGUGGAGCGCCCUGUCGGCCGCCGCCUGCUGCUUCUACCGCGGCUCCUUCGUGCAGGUGCAGUUCUCCAAGGAGAAGUACAUCCUGGACUCCUCACCUGAGAAACUGCACAAGGAGUUGGAGGAGGAACUCAAACUCAGCAGCACAGAUCUCCGCAGCCAUGCCUGGUACCAUGGCCGCAUCCCCCGUGAGGUAUCAGAGACCCUGGUGCAGCGCAAUGGCGACUUCCUCAUCCGGGACUCACUCACCAGCCUGGGUGACUAUGUCCUCACCUGCCGCUGGCGCAACCAGGCCUUGCACUUCAAGAUCAACAAGGUCGUGGUGAAGGCGGGUGAGAGCUACACCCACAUCCAGUACCUGUUUGAGCAGGAGAGCUUCGACCACGUGCCCGCCCUCGUGCGGUACCACGUGGGCAGUCGCAAGGCUGUGUCCGAACAGAGCGGGGCCAUCAUCUACUGCCCCGUCAAUCGCACCUUCCCGCUGCGCUACCUGGAGGCCUGCUAUGGCUUGGGCCAGGGCAGUGGCAAGGCUGCUGGCCCCUCCAGCCCCUCGGGCCCCAAGGGCAGCCACAUGAAGCGGCGCAGCGUCACCAUGACUGACGGGCUCACCGCCGACAAGGUUACCCGUAGCGAUGGCUGCCCCACCAGCACAUCACUGCCCCACCCCCGGGAAUCCAUCCGCAACUGUGCCCUCAGCAUGGACCAGAUCCCAGACCUGCACUCGCCCAUGUCUCCCAUCUCUGAGAGUCCCAGCUCCCCCGCCUACAGUACUGUGACCCGUGUCCACGCCGCCCCUGCAGCUCCCUCUGCCACAGCGCUGCCUGCCUCCCCUGUCACCCGCCGCUCCAGUGAACCCCAGCUGUGUCCUGGAAGUGCCCCAAAGCCCCCUGGGGAAUCGGACAAGGGCCCUUAUGCCAGUCCCUCCCACACGCUCUGCAAGGCCUCCCCAUCACCGUCGCUUAGCAGCUACAGUGACCCGGACUCUGGCCAUUACUGCCAGCUCCAGCCUCCUGUCCGUGGCAGCCGAGAGUGGGCAGCGGCUGAGGCCUCCAGCCGGCAGGCCAGGAGCUACGGGGAGAGGCUAAAGGAACUGUCAGAAAAUGGGGCCCCUGAGGGGGACUGGGGCAGGGCCUUCACGGUCCCCAUUGUGGAAGCCACCUCUUCCUUCAACCCAGCCACCUUCCAGUCCCUACUGAUCCCCAAGGAUAACCGGCCACUGGAGGUGGGCCUCCUGCGCAAGGUCAAGGAGCUGCUAGCAGAGGUGGAUGCCCGGACGCUGGCCCGGCACGUCACCAAAGUUGACUGCCUGGUUGCUAGGAUACUGGGCGUUACCAAGGAGAUGCAGACCCUAAUGGGAGUCCGCUGGGGCAUGGAGCUGCUCACCCUCCCCCAUGGCCGGCAGCUACGACUAGACCUGCUGGAAAGGUUCCACACCAUGUCCAUCAUGCUGGCCGUGGACAUCCUGGGCUGCACGGGCUCCGCCGAGGAGCGGGCAGCGCUUCUGCACAAGACCAUCCAGCUGGCGGCGGAACUUCGGGGGACCAUGGGCAACAUGUUCAGCUUCGCUGCGGUCAUGGGCGCCCUAGAUAUGGCUCAGAUUGCCCGGCUGGAGCAGACAUGGGUGACCCUUCGGCAGCGACACACAGAGGGUGCCAUCCUCUACGAGAAGAAGCUCAAGCCAUUUCUCAAGAGCCUCAACGAGGGCAAAGAAGGCCCGCCGCUGAGCAACACCACGUUUCCCCAUGUGCUGCCGCUCAUCACUCUGCUGGAAUGUGACUCGGCCCCCGCUGAGGGCCCUGAGCCCUGGGGCAGCACAGAGCACGGUGUGGAGGUGAUCCUGGCCCACCUGGAGGCUGCCCGAACAGUGGCCCACCAUGGAGGCCUGUAUCACACCAACGCUGAGGUCAAGCUGCAAGGGUUCCAGGCCCGGCCAGAGCUCCUGGAGGUGUUCAGCACUGAGUUCCAGAUGCGCCUCCUCUGGGGCAGCCAGGGCGCCAGCAGCAACCAGGCCCGGCGCUAUGAGAAGUUCGACAAGGUCCUCACUGCCCUGUCCCACAAACUGGAGCCUGCUGUCCGCUCCAGCGAGCUGUGACCCCCACGGACCCCUCCCCUCUGCAGCUGCGGGCAGCAACAGGACCAGAGGGGGCACAGACCUUUCCCCAGAGCACCCCAGAGACACUGUGAUCAGCCCAAGAAUGUUCUGGGCCCAAACCAGGAUCUCCGUUGCACUUCCAGGGUCCUGCAUGGACCCUGGGCUCCGUCCCACCUGCUACAUGCCCGCCAAGUCUCCCUUCAGGAAGAACCGGAACCCUCUCCCUCCCUCCAGCUUCUGCUUCUCCCCUUUCUGCUGAGGUGCCCUGUGCUGGAGCCAGGAGAGAGCCUUCACACCUCCUCACUCUUCUCGGGGCACCUGCCGGACACCAAGGCCUCCACCUGGUUGUAAAUAUGUCUGUCUGUUCUGUAAAUAGAUGUACAGAAGCCAUGUUCGUUCUUUCAUAUAAUAAACUUUUAUGACUCUU